AAUACACCCGACCGAGACACCUUCGAGCCAAUGUCAAAUUCGAGCUCACUCGAGACCUUGUGAGAACCUGGUUUUCUGGAAACCUCAUCCAUCGCCACUGUCUGAAUGGGAUCAAGCGGCUACGACGCUUAGCGCUACAAAAACAAAGGAACUAUGGCGAUGCCCCCAAAUUUGUUGGACCUGCGGCCCAAUUCACAGAACUCGACCGGCUCGACUUCGCCACGGCCCUUGCGGUCGCCCCGCCUGCAUGUCACCGGAGAGGUACCCCCUGAAUUCUCCCCGCUGGACGCAUUUGUCCUGCAGAGCCGCAUCCUCGCGAAACAGUUGCAAGAGAGCACCAAGGAGGGCAACAGAUUCAGCAGGCUACCGCCAUUGACGGUGGAGAGUCCCCUGAUCGUCCAGGGCCGGUCAAAUUACUUCCGUUCCAUGUCUCAAGACUCGGGGUCAGAACCAUGUGAUUCACUCGAACGGAAUCCCGCCGGCCUGGGUCUGAGAACUGAGGUCGAACAUGCUUUUUCAGAAGAACGGCCCAAAUCGAUGGUCUCGCGUACGAGUCGAAUCCCUCCUACCCCCGAUGGACCAGCCCCUGCUAUGCCACAGAUAGAUGGACCAGCCCCUGCUAUGCCACAGAUAGCGCGAGACUUGUCUCGAGAAUCACAGCUCAAUCAGAUCGAGGAGGACCGCGAUUCUUUCGGCGCACGAAGAUGUCUGUGGCUCUUCUGGCGCAGGCAAUGGCCAGGGCCGAACCUACUUCGCCAACGACGUUUACAUCCGCUGAUGGCUCCACUGCCAGUAGCAUGUCCUGACUGAAGCACCGGCAAAGCGCUGCGGCAUGAGGGAAUGCAGGUGCAUGUGGAAGAAAGGGAGGGCAGAGUUAUUUAAAUUGUCUCACUUAAGCAGAUCCCCUCCGCCUUUUUCCCCUUAGCGAUGAUUAGCGUAGCAGCAGCAUUUUGGCUGUGUUGGCAGAUGUGCCGAAAAACAAUGGCAUAAUGUUUGAGUAAGAGACAGGUCAAGAAGGACAAGCCUAACUGACGUUGACGUCAAUACUUGCCAGGUAAGUCUCCCAAAGAGCCUCUCCUUCUGCCGGAACCUGAGAGAGUCUGGGGCAUUACGCUUUGCGGCCAGUCAGGCACAAGGUCGUCUCGAGCAAGUCUUGGGUGCCCCUGAGUCCCUGAGCCGCGUCUUGUUCGGGCUGGUCUAGUGCGGGGA